CUCUUCCCACUGAGUCCCAGCUCACGUUGUACCCAAUUCAUUCCCACUCUUAAUUCGGUCCUGGACUGGUCAGAGGUCUUCUUUUGUCCCCAUGCUAAGGCCUCAGGCUUCCAAGUCAGGAGCAUGGAAGGAAUGACUAGGCCAUAUCCCCUCUGCAGCUGCACAUGGCAGUGAAUGAAGAGCUGGAAAGGGUGUAAGGGCCUCAGUGGAAGCUGGAACAUCCACAGGACAACAACCCAGUUCUUUUGACUGCUCAGAGUGGACCUACUUCUCCUUUUCUUGAGAAUCUCUACAGGAAACUCAGGUAACAUAUCCUGCUGAAUUGCACCAGGGAGACAGGGAACAUUUCCUCAGAAAUCAGAAAAUUCUUUCCUCCUUGGUUUGGGGUGAACUUGCUGCCCUCGUGAAGCGAUGAAGGACACAGGAGUGCCAAGCAUAGAGGAGACACACUGCGGAUGAAAAAUGGCAUAAAUCCUCUCUGUCCCUCUUUCCUCUUCUGGAUCAGUGAUGUCUGAGUUCUCAUGACACGAGGCAUAUUCAGGAACAUGAGUCUGGACAAGAUUUGUCUUCUAAGUCUCUCCUUGCAACUGGCAGGAGCAAUUCUGGAUAUCACCCUGAUGGCCAAUGUUCUGAGUCCCUCCCACACCAGCUUCUACCUCUCCUGUGUGACAGGCGAGCGGAAUGCCAGCCUGCAGAUUAACAGAGACAAUAAGAUUGUCAUGACCCAUCCCAAGUCCAAGUUCCGGAUGUACAAGAACAGCAGCAGUGAGGUGCAGAUGCGAGGCUUCUCCCGGGCAGACCUGGUGGGCAUCACGUACUGCUUGGGGAAGACCCAGUCAGAGCAAACCAGAGUAGUGUAUGUGCACAACAACGUGGAUGCCCAUCUGAUCCCAGAGAAGGUGACACAUACCGUCAGUCUCUCCCAACAGGCCAUGCUUGUUGCCAAGAUAAAGUACGGGAAGAAUGCAGACAUCUUGUGGAAAAUGAAUGGGACCUACUGUGGCACCAUGGACCAGGGUGAGGUGAAGGAGCGUCAAUCCACUUUGAACCUGUCAUCUGUUAGCAUGGCUGAUCAUGGGAUUUACAGUGCCACGUUCAUGGGGGACAGCCCCUUGUCAAGUGCUUUCUUCAGGUUGAUUGUGCGAGGUUGUACAGACAAGAAAUGGGGCUUCUUUUGUGACAAGGACUGUCCUGACUGCCUGAAUGGAGGCAUCUGCCACCAUAUUGUGGGCGAAUGCAUCUGUCCACCCGGUUUCAUGGGCACCCGCUGUGAAAAAGCUUGUCGGGAAGGCGGGUUUGGGCGAAACUGCCAGGAGAAGUGCCCUAGUGAGCAGGGCUGCAGGGGGUUGGCCUUCUGCUUGCCCGACCCAUAUGGCUGUUCCUGUGCUGCUGGAUGGAGUGAUCUGCAAUGUAGCUCAGCGUGUUCCCCUGAGAGGUAUGGCCCUGACUGUGCCCUGGAGUGUCGCUGCCAGAAUGGAGGCACCUGUAACCGGUUUAGUGGCUGUAUUUGCCCGUCUGGUUGGCAUGGACAGCACUGUGAAAAGUCAGACCGGAUACCCCAGAUCAUCAACUUGGACUCUCACUUGGAGUUCAACCUUGGCUCGCAGCCGGUACUUACCUGCAUAGCAACAGGCAACCCACCCCCUGUACGUGACAGCAUUGAACUGCGCAAGGCUGAUGGAACAGUGAUCGUGCCUAGGAAAGCCAUCAUGGAAAAGGACAUGACUACCUGUGAAUUUCAAGUGCCACCGCUGGUCCUCUCUGACACUAGCCUCUGGGAAUGUCGUGUCUCCACUACAGGGGGGCAGGAUAGUGGCAAAUUCAAGCUCAAUGUGAAAGUGCCUCCUGUGCCACUAAGCCCACCCAGACUUCUGGCCAAGCAGAGUCGACAGCUUGUGAUAUCCCCUAUGGGGUAUUUCUCCGGUGAUGGACCCAUCGUCUCCAUCAAGGUUCUGUACAAACCCCAAACUGGCACUUCUCCCUGGUCAUCCAUUGUAGUUGACAAUGCCCAGAACAUCACCCUGAUGAACUUGCGAUCAGUCACAGCCUACCUUGUUAAGGUGCAGCUCACACGACCUGGACACGGAGGGGAAGGUGCUGCGGGGCCCCAGGCUAUCAUGGUAACCGAGUGCCAAGAGCCCACAGCCAAGCCGGUGAUUGAAGGCUCAUUCGUUGAAGACAGCAACAAUCUUCGCGUGACCUGGAAGUUGUCCAGUGGUGACACCGUGGGCUCUGGGUUCCUUGUCCGGCUCUACGAUGCAGCCAAAGAGCUUGUGCAUCAGGAGAACAUCACUUCCAUGACUGUGCAGUCUGCCAAUAUUCCAAACCUUACGUUCAAAAUGGACUACAGUCUGGAUGUGCUGGUCUACCACUGUGCCAGCCUGGGACCGCCAUCUGACCUCUACAAGUUCAAGAUCAACAGCAAAGGGCCCUCUUCCCCACAGUCUCUCUCAGUGAAGCCUCUCGCUGACAGCACCAUCAGGCUCACCUGGCAGGCCCCCGAAUAUCCCAAUGGUGGCAUCAAGAAGUACAUUGUGGAGGUGCAACCGCUGGGGGGUACCAGUGGGCCACAGUGGGUGGACACGGACAAUGGUUGGGAUACCACCAAGAUCAUCACGGGGCUGAACGCCAGCACAUCCUACCAGUUCCGGGUGCGAGCCAACUCUUAUGUACCAGGCGAGUGGAGCAUGCCUGUGAGAGCUGAGAUCCUGGGUGAUGGAGCCCCGAGCCAAGUGCCCACCCUGAAGAGCAAGAACCUGCCUCCGUCCAACAUGGACCAGCAAUUGCUGUUGGCCAUCGUGGGUUCUGUCUCGGUCACCUGCCUGACCAUCUUGUUUGCUCUCCUGGCCCUCUUCCUCAUCAAGAAGAACUUCUUUCACCGGCGCCGCACAUUCACCUACCAGUCGGGCUCUGGGGAAGAGACCAUCCUGCAGUUCAACUCAGGCACACUGACCCUGACACGGCGGCCCAAACCGCAGCCGGAGCCACUCAGUUAUCCUAUCCUGGAGUGGGAAGACAUCAAGUUUGAGGACAUGAUAGGGGAAGGGAACUUUGGGCAAGUCAUCCGAGCCAUGAUCAAGAAAGAUGGCCUGAGAAUGAAUGCAGCUAUCAAGAUGCUGAAAGAAUUUGCCUCUGAGAAUGACCACCGGGACUUUGCUGGCGAGCUGGAAGUUCUUUGCAAGCUGGGACACCAUCCCAAUAUCAUCAACUUGCUGGGAGCCUGUGAGAACAAGGGUUACCUGUACAUCGCUAUUGAAUAUGCACCUUAUGGAAACUUGCUAGAUUUUCUGCGCAAGAGCCGAGUCCUGGAGACAGAUCCUGCCUUCGCCAGAGAGCAUGGAACAGCCUCAACCCUCACAUCCCAGCAGCUCUUGCAGUUUGCCUCUGAUGUGGCCAAAGGCAUGCAGUAUUUGAGUGAAAAACAGUUCAUCCACAGAGAUCUGGCUGCCAGGAACAUCCUGGUGGGGGAAAACCUAACGUCCAAGAUUGCUGACUUUGGCUUGUCCCGGGGAGAGGAAGUUUAUGUAAAGAAGACGAUGGGCCGCUUGCCAGUUCGCUGGAUGGCCAUCGAGUCCUUGAAUUACAGUGUCUACACAACCAAGAGUGAUGUGUGGUCAUUUGGGGUCCUCUUGUGGGAAAUUGUCAGCCUGGGAGGGACGCCAUACUGCGGCAUGACAUGUGCCGAGCUCUAUGAAAAGCUGCCCCAAGGAUACCGCAUGGAGAAGCCCCUCAACUGUGACGAUGAAGUGUAUGAGCUGAUGCGGCAGUGCUGGCGGGACCGGCCCUAUGAACGUCCACCCUUUGCUCAGAUCUCGGUGCAGCUCAUCCGCAUGCUGGAAGCUAGGAAGGCCUAUGUGAACAUGGCUUUGUUUGAGAAUUUCACCUAUGCAGGGAUUGAUGCCACAGCUGAGGAGGCAUGAAGAACAUGUGCACAGACCCCUUCCACCUCUGAGCACAAAUAGGACACCUGUGGAAUAGGAGCCUCCUGUACAUAUGCCUCUUGGCCAUGCCGCCAUCAUGACACUGAAGACUGUGCUGGGCGCAGAGCUUAGUUGAAUACUGCUAGUCUCAAGGGACCUGCACGAGCCCAGCCCUCAUGCCAACUUCUCCUUCCCUGACCACAAGAGCAUGGAUAGCACACUUCAUGAACAAUCCCAGGCUCUGCCAUUACUAAAAGGCGACAUGGCAUUCACAGAGGGGGCGCUCAGCUAUGAACUGUGCCAGAGGCUCACCUGUGUCAUGUACUUCUGCUCAGAAGCACUGAAUAGCCCAUACUGCCAUUUCUACAUGCUGACUGCACAGUGCAUGAAGAGGGUUCAAGCUGCCUUCCAACCUGUCUCCAAGAUGGACAACACGGGACAGGUGCACUGAUGGAAGAAAUGAGUUACAUGUGGAACAGCCUUUAAGCGCUGUGGAGAGUUCUGUAAAGUGCCUGAUGGAGAGAAGCAAUGCAUGGUGAAAUCAAGCCAGCAGAAGAAUCUCAUCCUGUGGAGGCAUGCUGUAGCCUUGCCCUCCUGCCCCACAGGAGGACUCAGGGCAGAGGUGACCUGCUGUUCCCUUAGUAGCAGCCUGCAGAAAACAAGGGAAGAAGGGCUACAGGGUCCCUUUCACUCUCUCCUCUACAGUUCACUUCUGUGGGAGAAGGCAGGAAUGUGGAGGGUACCCAUUCACAGAGCCCAGAUGCUAGGCAGGGGGUAGCUGGUGUCCACAUAGAUCCUUUUCAUGGGAUUUGCUGCUCUUAGCCGGAUAGGCCUGUGCUGUUUGCACUGCAUCUCAUGUCCUUUCUCAACUAGCCCAUCAGUUUCCCGGUUCUUUUUCACAACCUGUUGUUUCUCUUUAAAGGGCAGGACUGCACAAACUUGUCAUGACCGCCACCCCCCAAGAAUGUUCAGAAUUAUAACAUCCCUCUGAAUGUCCUUCUGGCUGAGGAAUGAAUUCUUCUCCUCCACUUCUCUGUCUUCCCCAUCUCCACAGCUCUCUUCUGUCCUGCUGCUUAUCCAGCCAGUUAUUAUGGGUGCUGAAGCCUGUUCAAAAAAACUGGAGGAGGAUACUGGCACCAAAUAAACAUUGUCCUGGAGCAGAUAGAUGUUUGGCCUGAUCCAGGAGGACUAUUCUUACGUUGUUCCAUGCACUAGAACAUUCGAACUACAUGUUACAUGACAGGAGGGGCCAUAGUUCGGUGGUAGAGCAUGUGCUUUGUAUGCAGGAGGUCCCAGAAGGGAAUUGUGUGGAAGUGGGAAGGCUAGGGAAGACACGUGAUGGAAAGACACUGUCGCAAUCUCUCCUUUGUGAGUUCUUGCUCUGCUGCAGUAGGAUUUUGCUAGGAGGUGAGACAUAGGGCACGCUCCAUGGAACAGAAAUGCUAGUACAGAGAGGUGCAACGUGGACGGUUUGUGUCUGUAUAUGCCUCUGCCAAUUUUAUGCUGCCUCUGCCUCAGAUUUAUACCUAAUAAAA